CCCCAACUCAAUUUAAUUAUACAUAUAUAUGUAUAUCCAUAUUUACUAACACGCCCUCCUUCCCCCUCCAGACCCACGAAGUCAACCUCGACGGCCGCGGCUACGCCUUCCCGUACGACGACGUGGUGCCCUCGGGCGACGCGGGCCCAGACCAGGCCGGCACCGUCUUCGACGCCAACCCGGAGCUGCUGACCGUGACGAUCGGCGGACCGACUUCAAACGGCGGCAAGGAUAAGGACGGCGGCGGGGACAAGACGAAGACCCCGAGCACGACGCCUGCUUGGCUGAGCAAGCUGAAGAGCUGGCUUGACGCGCUGAAGAAGAUGCUGCAUAUCCAGUAGGAGGGCUUGGUUGUUCUGCAUGGGUACGGUAUAUGCCCAACUAUCAAUCAGCUUUGGCUUCGUUAUGUACACUCGCUGUGAACUUUUUUUUUUUGUUUUUUCUUCUUGGCUUCUUGGGCUCGCCUCGGCGUUUGGGGGGGGUGGGCUUUUGUUUUUUAUCUGCAUGGCAAAUGGGAAUUUGAAUACAGGGUCUAGGAUCGGUCGUUUUCUUCUCUUCGUCUUUCGUUGGCCUUGGGGGCUGGUUCAUGCAUAUUACCUUAGGUACAUAUCAUUUCGAGGCUGCAUUGCUUUUGGUCCUCAUAUACCCGGCUAUUUAACUGUUUUCUUAGCUGCCCUAGUUUGGAUACGGGCAGGGGGGGUGUUAUCUGGCUGUUAUUUUCAGUCCGUUGUUCAUCGAGGCUGGGUCUAGUGAUCGAUCCUUAAUUAUUGCCGUUGCUGUAUAUAGUUCCCCCUUUUCGACCUUGGUCGUGUAUAUAGUUUGUUUAACACUGACUUGUCAUAUUUUGUUA